GAUGAGCAAGUUCAUUGGCUGUAAAUCUCAGGGUCCCGCCUCCCACAGUAGUUUCACUUCUGAAUUGACUCUUUUAUUAAGUUCUCAGAUUUCAGGAAGUGACAGCCUCUGAGGAGACUAGCCGCAAAUUCUUUCUGUCUUCAUGAAAGAUCCAGGCCAGGAUCCUCUGGUGGAUGACUUCACACCAAAUCUCUGAAGAUCCAGAACAGAAGACAAGUCUUGUCUAUGGCUAUCCCACCCUGAAUGCGCCUUAUCUCAUCUCAUCUCAGAAGCUAAGGAGGGUCGGAUCUGGUUAGUACUUGGAUAGGAAACAAGUCUUCCAGGCCUGUGUAUGCCAGUAGCAGCACCACAUCUCUCAGAAGAACAAGUAAAAUAUAUUUUUAUCACUGUGGAAAACUCUGCCUGCUUCAGCUGUACUCCUAGACCCAAUAUUGGAGUUUCUCAAGAAAAGCCAUGACCUCAGCUGAUAGCAUCAAGAAGAUGAGAGAGAUAGCCACUUGCUCCAUCUGCAUGAAUCUGAUGACUCACCCAGUGAGCAUCAAAUGUGGACAUAGCUACUGCCACUUGUGCAUAUUGGACUUCUAUAACAAGUUACGCCUAAUGCAACCAACGCUGAAGAUACUGGACUGUCCUCUGUGUCGGGGCCCUUUUGAUAUGAAGAGCCUCCGACACAACAGAGAGCUGGAAAACAUAAUUGAAGUCAUUGAAGAGAUGGAGAAGAUGGACCAUGAGAUGGUAUGUGAGGAACAUGGAGAGAAGCUCCACCUGUUCUGUGAAGAGGAGGGCCAGCUCAUCUGCUGGCGCUGUGAGCGGGCAGCACAGCACAAAGGGCAUGCCACAGCUCUUGUGGAAGACGUAUUCCAGGGCUACAAGGAAAAACUCCAGUGUGCUGUGACAAAAUUGAGUCAACUCCAAGAGGAAUGUGUGAUACAAAUGCUGUUUGUGAAAACACAAAUAGCUGAUUGGAAGGAGCUGAUAGAGAUGCAGAGGCAAAAAGUAAAGUCUGAAUUCAAGAAUCUCCAGACAUUUCUACAUGAGGAGGAGAAGUGUUACCUCUGGAGGCUGGAGAAAGAAGAAGAGCAGAUGCUGAGGAGAAUGAGGGACAGCGAGGCCAAGGUGGAGCAGAAGAGCAAUGAACUUGAGAGCCAUAUCCUGAAACUGGAGGCAAAAUGUCAGGGUUCAGUCCAGAACUUGCUACAGGAUGUGAAACAAACUUUAAGCAAGAGUUUGGCUGUGAAGCUGGAAACACCUGAGAACAUUGCCUUGGAGAUUCAUACUACCUGUAAUGUCUCUGAGCUGUACUUUGAUGUGAAGAAAGCAUUAAGAUGCCAUCAAGUCAGUGUGACUCUGGAUCCAAGUACUGCACAUUCUGACCUAUUUCUGUCUGAGGAUCGAAGACAAGUGACUCGUGGAUACUCCCAGGAGAAUCUUGAAUCUUCUUCCAAGAGAUUUACUGCCUUCCCCUGUGUCCUCGGUUCUGAGGGCUUCACCUCAGGAAGACACUUCUUUGAAGUGGAUGUUGGAGAAGGAACUGAUUGGGAUUUGGGAGUCUGUAGGGAAAAUGUGCAGAGAGGCACUGACAUGAAGCAGGAGCCUGAGUUUGGAUUCUGGACCAUCAGGCUGUGCAAAGAAAACAAGUAUGUAGCACUUACCUCUCCACUGACUUCCCUUCAUUUGAGUGAGCAGCCUCUGGUUGUGGGAGUUUUUAUAGACUAUGAGGCCGGACUUGUAUCCUUUUACAACAUGAGUACUGGCUCUCACAUCUUCACCUUCCCAAAGGCUUCCUUCUCUGAUACUCUCCUGCCCUUUUUCCAGGUUUAUCAACAUUCUCCUUUGUUUCUGCCAAUUCCUGAUUAGUAAAGAAAGGAGCAAUGUCUCCUUGUUUUAACCAGCCCAGAAAAUAUGUAUUUUCCAUGAAGGUAGAAAUUCAGUCCAUUUUCUACACGGCUAUUCCUCUAGUACCUAGAAUAGUGUUGGGCUUUUUGUUGAUGAUUAAUAAAUGUGCAUUAGGUUAAAUAAAUAGAGAGACUAACAAUUAUACAUCAUUCUCUGCAUCCUUCUUUAGUGGGUCCAGGGUUUGAUUUUCAGUAGUCCUUUGGUAAUGAGUAGGUAACUCCAGCAUCUUAGCUUCUGUAUUCUCCCACUUUGAUGCCAUUUGCACUCAUGUGUGGAGAAUUAAAGAAAGUGAUAAUUGCCUGCCAACUUCAUAAAAGAUAAUGAAAAUCAAAAUAGUGUCUCUUCUAACCACUGAAAUCCAGACCUGCAGGCAGCUAGACCUACUGAGCUCUGCCUAGGCAAUCACUAAGUAACAUGUGAGAGAGAGGUUAAAGUUGGUUUAUCAUGAUUUGCUUCAAAUGGGAAGUGGAUUGCAAGUAAAAAUAAAUUUUGAUAGGGAACUCAUUUCUCAAAAGAAAGGAAUUUAUAUUUCCCACUCUGGAUUAGAACCAGAAAUCCUGAAAUAAUUUUAAGCUUCAGUAAAUUGUUAUCAUUGGAAUGAUUGUUGACAAUCUUUUUUUGUAAGUCUGAUAUGAUUAG